CAUCCCUACAAAGAGAAAGGGAAAGAGGCAAUGAGUGAGUGAGUGCGCAAGCGAAGUGAAAGAAAGAAAUGAAUUUACGAGAAUAGGUCGCUCUCGUAUGUUGAAUAGAUUUUUGGUUGAUUUCGUUUUCACUUUUUGCUUUCGUGUCCUUCAUAUUAUCUAAUAAACCGACAUUAGUUUGUUCCUGAUUAAUACUUUCUCUCAUCGAGAAAGGUGCCCGGGUACCGAAAAACCCGAAAGUCCCGGGACGAAAGUAAGGCAGCAUCUUAUUGAUUUUCUUGCCUUGCCUACGCUUUCAACCAACGCGAAGUGGUGUUAUUCUUAUUUACUAUCAGUGUUCUAAUUCGAUUGUGUUUGGGUAAUAACCGUACCGUUAGUGUUCAACAAAACGCGUCAGUUCUAAAGAAUUCAUCAAAAUGAUGGCCAAUCCGCUUGACACCGUAAAUGCAAAUCAAGCCACGCAAAAUGGUAGUAAAGUUCAACCCUGUAAUGGUGAAUCCAAAACUAAUCUCAUCGUCAACUACCUGCCACAAACUAUGACUCAAGAAGAAAUACGAUCCCUCUUCUCGAGCGUCGGUGAAGUAGAAAGCUGCAAACUCAUUAGAGACAAAGUAACAGUGUUCCCAGACCACAUCCUGAAUGGCCAGAGCCUCGGCUAUGCAUUCGUGAACUACCACAAGGCAGAGGAUGCAGAGAAAGCCGUGAACACAUUAAAUGGAUUGAGAUUACAAAAUAAGAUAAUCAAAGUCUCAUAUGCUCGACCCAGUUCUGAUGCCAUCAAGGGAGCUAAUCUCUAUGUGUCCGGUUUACCAAAGCAUAUGACCCAGCAAGACUUGGAACAACUGUUCAGCCCCUUCGGCACAAUCAUCAGCUCGCGCAUCCUGCAUGAGAAUGUAAAUGUAGGACAUCUCCUACAAGGUGGAGGUGACGAUGGCGGCAUCCAGGGCCCAUCAAGAGGUGUUGCAUUUAUCCGCUACGAUCAGAGAAAUGAAGCUGAAGCUGCCAUCCGCGAGCUGAAUGGAACCAUCCCGCCAGGAGGCACCGGCCCCAUCACUGUGAAGUGCGCUAACAACCCCAGCAACCAGAAUAAGGCAUUGGCCCCAUUGGCUGCUUACUUAGCACCUACUUCUGCACGACGAUUUGUUGGCCCAGCGGGAAAGGCUCUUCUGGCUAUCAACAAAGGACUGCAAAGAUUCUCUCCGCUGGCAGACCCCUUGAUUCAAGGAAAUGCUCUGGGAGGCUCAGGUUGGUGUAUCUUUGUCUAUAACAUUGGGGCUGAUACAGAAGAGAGUGUGCUCUGGCAACUGUUUGGGCCUUUUGGUGCUGUUCAAAGCGUCAAAAUUAUAAGAGACCCUGCAACCAACAAAUGUAAGGGUUAUGGCUUUGUUACUAUGACAAAUUACGAUGAAGCUGUUGUGGCUAUCCAGUCCUUGAAUGGCUACUCCUUAAACGGGCAAGUUCUGCAGGUCAGCUUCAAAACGAACAAGAGUAAAUCUUAAGUUGUAAACAGUCUAGUCAAUAAAUUUUAGCUAAUUCAAAAUGUUGAUCAUCACAAAGACGUCAUGGUUUGUUCACAGAUGUAGUAAUUUUACAGGUAGGUAUUAUUUUACAUGCUAGAUUUCAGAAUAUCAGAGGCAAAGAUUAGUACAAGUGGUACAAAUCAUGACAAGACAUCUACAAGAAACAUAAUGCCCCAGGACUGAUUAAUGUAAUUAAAUUUCAUGUCACUGACCCUUCACACACAACAUGCCUAGUCAAAUGAGUGAAGGCUAAGAUAAAAUGAAUCUCAUGUCCCACCCUGUUGGUGGUUAUUCAAAACAUUAUUUAGAAAGUUAGGGGAAGUGUCUAAUCUUAUGAUAGUGUUUUCCAUCUUUUAAAAGUAAACUUUCCUCUUAUUCAAUUUUGUUGUUCCAUGAUGAUAGUGUUUCUAUCAAUAAAGUGGGCACUGAAUGCUUUGAUGGUAUUGUACUUACCAUAUGUGAAUUUUUACUAUCAAAUUUUACACUAAAUAUAGUAAGUACAAGUUUUCUGAAAUAGUGAAACUAAGUCCUGCUUCCCUCCCGUGUAGAAUAUGUCAGACUGACUGGUAAGCUGAAAUAUUUAGAUUUAUUAAUUAAAUUAUAAAAUCAGUCAUGCAAUUUAUAUGUGUAUAUGAAUAGGCUAGCUGGUGUUGUGUAAGUUCAAAUGCUGUGCAAUAUUCAGAAAUUUUACAAUAUUUAAGAGAAAUAUAAUAAUUAUAUAUGCAUUGAAGAUGUAAUUUACUGUUCUGUUACUGAACUAUGAUGACCAGUUUCCUUACAAUAGACUACCUGUACAUGAUAUAAUGUAGGCACUGCAUCACUAGGCAACCAAAGAUUCUAAUAGGUAACUAUAUACCAAUAGGAUUCCUACUUGCUCUUUUUUUAUAAAUACCUGAGACAUUAAUGUAAAACAUGUAGUACGUAAACAAUAUUGCAAUAAAUAAUUUACAAUUUGACUUAGAGUAUAUUAUGUAAUUAAUAAUAAUUACUAUGCAAAGGAUACAUUUUAUUGGGUAGGAUGUACAUUAAUUGCUUCCAAAGUAUUGAAAAACUUGGUAAGGGCAUAGGACACAAUUUAUUUAUUGUAAUGGGGGCUCAACAAUAAGCACAAAAUAUAUAGAAAGUCUUAACCAAUAUAAUAUUGUUUAAAUAAUUUAUUUACUAAAUACUUCUGUGUCUCAUGAAAGCAUUUUAGCUAAAAUAUUUAUAAUAGACCAGAAUUUUGUAUCCCUCAAACAGUUCUCCCAUUAUAUGAAAAUGUGUUGUUUCCCAUCAUACAUUUUGUAUUUUACCCAUAAUAUUUAUAUCCUAAACUUAACUUAUUAUUAAAUAAAUCAUUUGUGUAUGUAAAUUGAUUGACUUGACAACCAUGACAUGUGACUAUCUUGAUAUAAUAAUUAUGUAUAUUGAUCAACAUUUUAAUCGUCAAAAUUUUUGUAUUAUGAUAUGAUAUAAUUAAACUUGCGCACAUCAUCACCAUGAAUGUCAGUAGAUAGAGUUCAAAAUGUUAAAUGUAUGAGUAUUAAACUACUCUUUGAGUGAAUAGUUUUGAAUAGAUACCUAUUGUAUCACCUCAAUUACCUACUGGCAUUCAUCAUGUAUGAUAUUGUCUCUCUAUAGGUAAUCACUGCUAUUUAUUAUGUAUGACAUUUAAGUAAUUUAUAUUUCAUUGACAUAAUUUAUUACAUUUAAUCAUAACUUAACAUACAGAUUUCAUUUGAUGUCAAAUUGAAUGUGUCUGAUGUGUAGUGUAAGUCCUUAAUUAGUUUAGUCAUUUACUCAGUAAUAAUAAUGCCUAUAAUUUAAUUGAUUCAUAUUGUAAUCUGUAUCUAGUGAAAUGUUUAUUCAGUAUACAAUACAACAUAUUGCAUAUCAUUGUGAGAAAUGAUGCCUGGACAUAAUGUUUGUUUGUCUCCAGCUAGAGUUCAAACUAUCACCCUUAAUUUAAAAGCUUGAAAACUGUGCAUUUUAAGCAGAAUUUGUGUUGAUUUCUUUUAAUGUUAAGGAUAAAUAUUUUGUAAGUUAAUAAAUAUUAUUUAUUAAAAGUACUUAACUACAUGAAACUAGUCAGCAGUUAUAAUUUUGCGCAACAUUAAAUUAUCAAAAGUAAAGCUAAGUAUAUUGUGUUCUCUAAUUUAAUUAUAGCUUUAUUGAUAUAUGCAAGGUUAAUUAACUACAUAAUAUAUAUGUUGGUGUGGAUUUUAGUUUGUAUAAAAAUCCAGUAACGAAUUCAACGCAGCUGUACGGUGUGAAACCUAAGGCUAGUCAGGAGCCGUGUUGUAUGCCUAUUCUCAAUUUACAUGGGUGUAAAAUUUAAAGUAAGAAUUGAAUUGUGUUGUCCCUGUUGUAAGUCGACAUGUCGAUGUUGAUUGGUUUGUAAUAUCAAGAUUGGCAUGCAAUAUACCAAUACACACCUGUCCUUAAAGUUCGGUUUGCUCUGUGAGGUAGCUGUUGAGGUCGGAAUGUGUACGCAUCAAUCCGCACUGGCAGAGACGGUAGUUUUGGUAGCUAUCGAAUUAAUUAAAAAUAAGAAUCCUACCGCUCUAUGCCUAAUCUCCGUAGGAACGGAUGCAAUAAGUUAUUAUACAUAAGUGCGCGUUAGUAAAAUAUACCUAUUUAUGUACAUAAUCGUAAAAAUAAUUCCGAAGCUCAACACUACUACUCAUAGUAAUUAAACCCGUUUAAGACUACCUGUAGCUAGCUACUUUUCGUACUUUUUGUUCAUUAAAUAUUUAGGUGUUUGUGUUAAGAAUACUUAUUUUUUUGUUAAUUUCACUAACAAUUUAAUUGAUAAUAUGUAUGUUUUAUUUUAUUCAUAACCAAUUUAAUUAUAUUACUUAAUAUUUUUUCUUAUUUUGGGCAGGUAUGGGUAUUGUAAUAUUUGUAAUGGGCUUGGCCUAGGAUAUCUAGGAUACAUAAAUUAUUUAAGACAGAGUACAAAGUUAACACGGAUAAACAUAUUGGCUUACUUUGUUCGAAAAUAGAAUGUCAACGAAUGUAAUCUGAGUAGGAUAAUAUUUAAUAGGCUAAUAAAUUAGCAAUAAUGUAAAAAAAGACUUUUAUUUCACAUCGAAUACAUGCUUUGUUCUCUAGGA